UAUAAUUUACUAUUAAUUCUGUUUAUUAGAAAAAUGGAACAAUACCACUGUGGAUUACUACUGAACUGAGUAAACGAAAGAUCAAAAUAUCUUGUCAAUACUUGACUGGUACACGUUAUCAUUUGACUGUUGAAUCUCUAAAGCACAAACUACCUACUCUAGUAGGUGGUUUGUGCUCUAAAGUCUAAAAUAAAUUUAAGUCCAAUGCACAAGAAGAAAUCAGUUAUGCAACACCUAAUACUUAUUUAUGCGUCAUCGCUUUCUUUAAAAGGCAUUAAUGGCUUUAGCUCAUUAGAAAUAAUUUGCACGUUGUGAAAGGUCUAACAACUACAAUACAAUGGAAUAUUUUAGUGUGAGGCAGUGUUUGGGGCUGUGGACAUCUUUCAAUCUUAACGCUGGCUUCGUCUGCAAAUUGAAGAACAAAAAUAAUUUGACCUUGCUGUGUGGGGUCCAUUGGCCGUUAGCUUCAUCUCUAUCACUCACUUGUACCCACUCAUCUUUUCCACUCUUCUAGGAAAAUAUGAGCGUCCACCUUGGGUGGUCCAUCCAUCUCCUUUUUUUCCAAUAAAACUCCUAUUUUCGUCUUCGUUUCUCCCCCACAGUUCGGCAAACCAACAACACACGUGCAGUUUCAGUGAGUUAUUUGUUGUUGCUGUUGAAAAUGCAAAAAGUGAAAGAAAGGAAAUAAAUGAAGAGCUGUGGUGGUGACCUUCCGUCGUGUUAACGUGAAAAUGAAGAUUUUAAUUGGGAUAUUUGUAUGUUUUGGAGUAAUUACUAUUAGUGAUGCUUUGUAUUUGCAAGACCUCCCGGAAGGAAAUUCCACGAGAUUCAAUGAAGUUGUGGUGAGGCAUAACGAUAGAGAUUCUCGGUAUGACCGACACUUUAAAAAAUAUUGCCAAAAACCAGCGAAGUGCCAACAGCUGAAUUACACCACUUGUAUGGGGAUAAAACUUCCCUAUUAUUCUACAACGUUAGAAUUGACUGAUUUAACAUCACAAGAAAGUGUGCAAGAAAAAUUAGACCACUAUGAGUAUCUUCGUUACAUGCCGAAAUGUUGGGCGGUAAUUCAACCUUUUUUGUGUGCCUUGUAUAUGCCUAAAUGUGAAAACGGAAAAGUGGAUAUGCCAUCCAGGGAAAUGUGCCAGCUGACACUAAAACCAUGCAAAAUGUUCUAUAAUAGUUCUGUUUUCCCAAAGUUUUUAAACUGUGAUGAUGAGAGAAUUUUUUCAUCAAAUUGUACGAAUGAUGUACAGGGGCUGCGAUUUAAUACUACCGGAUUUUGUAUGGAGCCGCUGGUGAAAACUGACAAUCAAAAUUGGUUCUAUCCAGGUGUCGAAGAGUGCGGUCUUCGGUGCAAAGACUCGCUAUACACCGAAAACGAACAACACCAAAUACACAAUCUUAUAUGGUACUUUGUAGUCAUCUGCUCUAUUUUGCACCUAUUUGUAGUCCUCACAUUCAUGAUUGACUGGAAGGCAGCCACCAACAAAUACCCAGCUCGCGCUAUAUUUAAAGUAAACAUGUGCUUCUUCAUCUCAACCUUGGGCUGGUCCAUACAGUUUAUAAACAGAGAAGACAUUGUAUGCAAAAGAGAUGGCACCUUGCGAAAAUCGGAACCAAAUUCAAGGGAAAACCUAUCUUGCGUCUGCGUUUUCGUCUUGGUUUACUAUUUUUUAAUUGCUGGAUUGGUCUGGAUAGGAAUCUUUAGUUACACAUGGCGUAUGAGUUGUGUACAAGCUUUAGGAAAGAUUCAAGAACGUGUGGAUAAAAAACGUGUUUAUUUCAAUUUAGGGGCAUGGAGUUUGCCUCUUAUGUUCAUGAUUACGACAUUCGCUUUGGGAGAAGUCGAUGGAGAUUAUGUUACGGGAAUCUGUUUUGUUGGGAUGGUUAAUUUUGCCGCUAGAGCGUGGUUAUUGCUGCUACCUUUAGCAAUAAUGAUGUUGGCUCUUGCAUAUAUCAACAUUAGAGGCCUUUUACUUUUGAUUAAAGUUAAAAGUGAUAGUAAAGAAAUAAUUGCUGAACAUUGUAGAAGGAAAAUUCGAUCAAAUAUUGUAAGAAUGGGAGUAUUUACAAUGUUCACAAUAGUAUUUUGUCUUAUCACUUUUAUUUAUCAUGGGUACGUCUUUAUCAACUCAGAAGCCUGGAGCAAGAGUCUACAAAGCUAUAUUUUAUGUAAGCUAACCAGUCUCAGUUCUGACUUUUGUCAUUGCAAACAAGAAUCUCGUCCGAGCGUUGCCAUGCUCCAACUUCAACUCCUCGCACUUUUCGGCAGCGGGAUUCUUAUGUCUUCCUGGGCAUGGUGUCCAUCCACUCUCCAUAGUUGGGCCCGUUACAUUCGAAACACUUGUAUUUGCAGAAAAUUUCAUUGUGAAGUAGAAGAAAAGAAAAAGCUCCAAAAACAUAAAAUCAUCGCCGAAGCUUUCGCCAAAAGAGACAAAUACAAUCAAGGCAGCAGAAUCUCUAUUGCUUGUCAACAUUAUACGGACCCGGUGGGGUUACAUUUUGAUUUGAACAGUGCAGUUAGUGACAGUUUCAGCACAGCUUGGGGGAUAAAUUUACCUCGAUUGUUAUGCCGAAGAGGGGCAAUAGUUAACGAAGUUGGUUAUUCAAGUAGUAAUCAGUCACUUGAUUCUGAAGUUAGUCGUGUCUCGGUAAGGCACGUAAGCAUAGAAAGUAGAUGUAACUCUGGCGACAGUCAGUUGUCUGUACAGAUAUCUGAACUGAAAGCUACAAGAAAAGUCAACAGGAGGCGUGGAAGGGGAAGACGGAAAUACGACAGAAGAGAUGACUGUGGGUCAUCCAAGGGUUUAUCUGGUAUGGGAAAACACGGCAGCAGUGGAAGUUUGGAUUCAAAUUUACAGUUUUUGAAAGCUUUGACAGAUCAUUCAAGUAUGAAAAAAUUAAGGCCGAAUUUGAAGAGACGUCCUGCAAAUGCGGGUUUAGAUGGACAACACAUCAAUAAGUUGUUAUCUAACGGAAAGUUGAUCAUACCGUACAACAGAAACGAAAAGAGCGGAAGUGAGGAUGAAAACAUGUCUGUGACGGUAUCAGAAAAUAAAUAUAACUUGGUUUUGAGCAAUACGAAUUUAGAUUUAAGUGAUCAGUUAGUUAUGAAAUCUUUAAGACAGGGUUUACACAUUGAAGAAUUAAGCUCAAGUUCAGAUAGCGAUGGACAGAAUGCACGAGAACAGGAAAAACAAUUGAGGUCCGGGAGAGAUUCACACCAAAGUCGAAGAUCUAAACGAUCUAGAACGUCACAUAAACCGUACCAUAGUAACUCAGACUCUGAAGAAAAUGUACAAAGUGAUAGCUCAACAUGCCCUGAAGUGAGGGAGUUGCUAUAGUAUAAUGUGCCUUGAAAAUCAAGACUGAUUUUAAAAUACUUUUGUAAAAAUAUUUAUUUAUACUUUUAUGUAACUGUAUUUUAAUGUACAUAUGUGGUAUCUAUGUAGACCAACCAAAGUGAAUAAUUGAGAUUCCAUUUUAACUGAAGAUAUUAAAAUUUUUGAACAAAAAUUUAACAUUUAGUCUUAGUUUUAUCUCGUGUAUCUUUUACUGAUACUAAGAUGAUGUACAAAAUGUAUUUAUGUACGGAACUUUUACAUAUCAUUGUAAUACUAUUUUCAAAAUAAUAUUUUAAUGUACUUUGCUA